CUCAGUAGAUGUAGACACACUCGCCUCACACAGAGUUACGAAAACGGUCUAAGCGAUAGUCUAUCAGUGGCGAUCCUUACGAACGCCGGUAUCCUCCUCCCAGUCACCGUUAUCAGAAACAAACUUGUUUCUAUCGUUACUUGGCUCAAUCUCUCUUGAUUUUGAGGCAUGAAGUAAAGACAAAAUGGAUCUCGAAUUCAAAUCAACCUUCGAGCCAAAGCACGAUGCAUCCACCUACAUCAAUGAAGAAGCAGGCUCGGCCGAGCCCAGCUCUCCAGAGCAGCUCAAGCGCAAUCUUGGUGCUCGCCACAUCAAUAUGAUUGCCAUUGCAGGGAUGAUCGGUACUGGGUUAUUCCUUGGCUCAGGAGCCACAAUUGCCAAAGCUGGUCCUGCUGGAGCUUUGAUGGCGUAUAUCUUCAUGGGUCUCGUGACUGCUGGAGUUAGUUACACAACUGGUGAGAUUACGGCAUUCAUGCCAGUUACUGGUGGGUUUGUGAGGCAUGCCACAGCGUUCGUUGAACCUGCUCUGGGAGCAGCCACUGGUUGGAACUUCUGGUAUACAAUGGCAAUAUCGGUGCCCGCAGAACUAAGUGCUGCGGCAACUUUGGUCCAAUUCUGGAAUUCAUCCAUCAAUCCUGCUGUUUGGAUCACCUUCUUUCUAGUUGUCAUUGUGGCUUUGAACUUCUGCGGAGUGCGACUAUAUGGAGAGUCCGAAGUGAUCUUCGCCUUAAUGAAGAUAGCUUUGAUAGCGGGCCUCAUCAUCGCAGGCCUUGUUGUUGAUCUGGGAGGUGGACCAAACCAUGAUCGAAUCGGCUUUCGAUAUUGGAAGACUCCGGGAGCUUUCAACACCUAUCUCGUAGACGGGAACACGGGUCGAUUCCUAGCUUUUUGGUCUUCUCUCAUCAGUGCCGCUUUCAGCUAUGGGAAUAUCCAAGUCGUUGCUUUGUCGGGGACUGAGACUCAGAACCCUAGAAAGAUCAUCCCUGAAGCUACGAAGAAGACUUUCUAUCGAGUGUUCUUCUUCUAUGUUUUGAGUGUUUUGAUUGUGGGCAUGAUUGUUCCGUAUGAUAACGCCAAGCUGAAGGUGUCUACGGGCACCGCAGCUCAAUCGCCUUUUGUGAUCGCCUUUCAAGCUGCUGGGAUUUCUGUACUUCCCUCCAUCAUCAAUGCCGUGGUAUGCACUUCAGCCAUCAGCAGCGGAUCAGCUUGCAUCUUUCUAGCAUCCCGAACUCUGUAUGGACUGAGCUCCGAUGGUCACGCACCCAAAAUCUUCUUGGAAUGCAACCGUUUUGGAACUCCGUUUUGGACAGUAGCUUUAAGUGUUCUGCCUUCCCCUCUGGUAUACUUGACAGUCAGCAAUAAUGCAUCGAUUGUGUUUGGGUGGUUUGUAAAUAUAACUACUGUUGCGGGUCUGAUUGGUUGGGUGGUCAUUGAAAUCACGUACCUCCGGCUGUACUACGGGAUGAAGAGGCAAGGUUUUUCUAUGAAUGAAUUGCCAUACAGAAGUCCCUGGCAACCAUAUGUCGCUUGGAUAACGCUAUUGAUGGUAUUACUAGUCAUCAUCUUUUCUGGCUUCGACGUAUUCUUUCCGGGAAACUUCACAGCAUCUAGCUUCUUGACGAACUACCUCAACAUUGGAAUAUUCGCUGUCCUUUAUCUCUUCUUCAAAUUCUAUCUUCGGUCAAGAGUGGCGAGCACCACGGACAUGCCACUUGAGCAUCUAUUUCAGUCUGUUCGAGAAUGGCAGGAGGUUGAAAAGCACCGAAAAGACGAUCCUACAUGGAGGAAAGUUUAUCGGAAGAUCUUUUAAGAGCGAAUGGCAGUACUAUUAAGCAGAGAACGAGGCUGAACCAAAUAUCAAACAUCACCCUCUUGUGAACUUGGCAAUCUCGCGAACUCUCGCAAAGCUACCAUUUGAU